CUACAGCUCUUGCUGGGGGUAUAUACGAUAGACGUUGAACAAGCCCGCUUACGGAGAGACAACUCGAGGCUUUGCACACACGGCUCCUUUUUGUAAUUACGUUAUACUUGGGUUUGCAUGCAUACCGAUUCCUGAACCCUCAUCCCAACACCUCUCGCAUCAUGUCGGCCAGAUACCUCGCCGUGUCAGUACCAUCUUCGAUAACACCCUCUGGACACAAGGACGAUGCGAUUGGCGCCGUACAAAAAGUCGUGGGCCCAUCCAACGGCGAUGUCACCAGUUUUCAUAUCCCGGAUUUCAAGAUUGGCACGUUGGACGCAUUAUUACAACAAUCAGAGGAACUGAGCAAGCUGGAGGGGUUGUGCAAUUCGGUGGUGGGCAAAGUUGGAGACACCCUCCAGAACAUACUGGACGGGGAUGAAGAGAAGAUUAGUAUGCACAAGAACGUCAAUGACAAACCCCUCGAACAAUACCUUCGAAGUUUCUCUUGGAACAAGGUCAAGUAUCGGGCGGACCGACCAUUGUCAGAGUUGAUCGAUCUACUACAAAAGGAAGCGAAUUCAAUCGACAAUGAUGUCCGAUCAAAGUACAACCAGUACAACUCCGUACGGACGAAUCUACAAACGCUCCAGCGGAAACAAACCGGAAACCUCUCGACCAAGUCCCUCAUCAGUGUGGUCCCUCCCAAUGUCCUUGUUACCGACUCCGAACACCUCGAAACCCACCUCGUCGCGAUCCCGAACUCAAACGUCAAGGAGUUUAUGCGGUCCUACGAAACUCUCGCGCAAAUGAUCGUCCCUCGGUCGGCGUAUUUUGUCGCUUCCGACGACGAGUUCAGUCUCUAUGCAGUUACGAUGUUUAGAAAAUACAGUCAUGAAUUCUUGCACAAAGUAAGGGAGAAGAAAUGGGUCCCGAGAGAUUUCAAGUUCAAAGAAGGCGGAAAGGAGGAGGAGCAGAAGGAGGUUCGACGAGUAGAGGCCGAAGAGAAAAGAGUAUGGGGAGAGACGUUACGGUUAGGCCGGACCGGCUGGAGCGAAGGGGUGAUGUGUCUGGUGCACGUGGUCGUGUUGAGGGUGUUUGUUGAGACGGUGCUCAGAUAUGGUCUGCCGCUGGACUAUGUGGCUGUUCUGGUAAAGACCGAUUCGAAGCGGGAAAAGAAGGCCAGGCAGAACCUCGACACCGAGUAUGCUUACCUGGCAGGCAACGCCUUUGGACGAGACAGCAAAGGCCGGCCAAAGAAGGACGAAGGCAUGUCAGGUGGUGACCUUGUGACCGGUGGUGAUCAAGGAGAUUAUUCUGCUUAUGUUUGUUACGUUAUUGAUGUCGAUUGAGCGAACAGAAAGCGACGGUGGAAUAGAUGGAUAGGAUUUGGAACUGGAGUCUGAAAAGGCCUCUUUUUUUCAAUGACGAUAAAACUACCUACUUUUUCAGAUGCCCGAGGCGACGGCCCAUGUACAGUGUCAAAAGUGCCGUAGCUGAGUAUCCUCUCUUAUGGCUCCAGUCGGGUUUCUAUUGAUCGCGAGCACAUCAUGUCCAUUGUGUGGUGUGAUGACUGGGGGAUCAUGGAUGUGUUGGUUCUGUCCAUCCACUUUGCUUCACUCUGUCAGCUCCGAUCCUUUUCUGGG